AUGUACUCGAUUCGUCGUGUUUUUGAUGUCCCUCGACUGUUUGCUCUGCGUCCCGCAGUGCUUCCAUACUUCAAGUUUGCACAACUAUCUGCGGUUCGGGAACCGGUUGAUGGUGAGGAAGUCGAUGAGCCUGAUAUUCUUGUCAAAAAACUGGAACUUGAAGUCAAAGGUCAUGAACCUGCGGUGCUAGAGAGCUACGAUUCAUUUGUUCGUACAGUUUGCGGCCAUUUCGAUCUUCAGUGCAAAGUAGUAACACGCAACUCGCCAAUAUUCGACCGUCUUUCCUUGAACAAAUCUCCCUUCAUUCACAAGAAACACCAACGACAAUAUGAGUUCCGAACAUAUGUUAAAACUUUCACGAUCCCUCAUUUGACGGGAUCUACAGCCAAUGUCUUCCUUGAGUACAUCCAACGGAACCUCCCUGCUGGUGUUCACAUGACUGUUAACCAACAUCGUGUAGAGGCACUGCCUGAGGCACUUCGCUCUUCUACUGAAAGUUGUAAACAUGUGGAAUGA